UGGCUGCCGGGCUGUGCGGAUGGGUGAGAGACGCACUAGAAUGCCAGCUGCUUGCGCAGGUUGACGAGGUCGCGCGGGUUGGCGGAGAGGGCCAUGAUGUGUGCGGCGUGUGGGUGGGACUUGCGUUUGCCGUGUGCUGCUCGCUGCGAGGGCGUGAGCUCUUGUAUGCGCACGGCGUGGUGGUCGGGAUGAAGGGCGCCGUCGCCAGCAUCGGGCCGUGCGUCUCGUCGUCGUCGGCUCCGGCUCGGCUCGGCCGCCGCUGCCGUGCGCUUCCCCGCAUCCGCGCCGCGCGCAGCUCCGCGGAUCUGCACCGCCCGCCGCCGGCGGCCUCUCGCGCCGCUGGCGAGGAGCAUUCCUCUGGACCGUCAGACCUUCCUUCACAUGUGAGAGGCAGCGUCUUGUACAGGUGCGUGUCUGCUAGGAUCUGCACACGUGAUCGAGUGAGGAGAUGGCUGGCAAGCUCCUGCGGCGGUGCGCGCCCAGCUCCCGCCGGCUUGCUCGCCUGCUCUUGCAGCUCCUCACGACGCUGCGCGACGGCACUCUCUGAUCGACUCGACUGGUACGGGCGCAGCUGGCGGCUGUCUUCGCCAGUGACGCGCGAAGCCGGGUCUGUGCACCGAGCCGGCGACUUUUGCAGCCGCAGGAGACGCUAGACGACGCCCGAUGGCCCUCGCGGGCGCGCCGGUGCGCGCGAACGUGGCAUGGCAGGAUGCCCAGCCGAGCGCCAAGCAUCCA